AUGACGGUAAACGGUGAGGGUAUUGUCGGGGAUCGCGAAAAAGUUACACGACGCUCCCAAACCAACAAGCAAGCAUCAGCACUUCCUCAGACUCGACAAGAGACAAUGGGUAACCCAGAGGGCGGGGUCCGCGGCCUGGUACGCAUCAAAUCGGCAGGAGAAUCGGGACGAAGUGGCAUACAUCCUCUCCAAUUCCUAGCCAUCGUUUGGCGAUCUACUAGUUGGAUAUCAAGGGCUGUGAACAUCCUCUGGCCUUUUGUACCCGCCGCAAUUGCUCUCCAUUAUGCGGUUCAUGACGGCUAUGAUAUACUCAAGUUCAGUUUGGCGUACAUCGCCAUGGUUCCAUGCGCAAAUCUCAUCGGAUUCGCUGGCCAGGAGCUAGCUAGAAAGAUGCCGCAUAUGCUCGGCGUUCUCGUCGAAACCACCAUUGGAUCCAUCGUCGAAAUUAUCUUAUUCAUGGUUCUGCUUCGUAAAAACCAGUACUACGUUAUUCAAGCUGCCAUUCUCGGGUCUAUUUUAGCUAAUAUGCUACUGUGCUUGGGAUUGUGUUUCUUUACUGCUGGUUUACGACGAGAAGAGGCUACAUUCCACGGUGCUGUCAGCGAAGUUGGCUCGAACCUCCUACUUAUUGCCGGUCUCGGCCUAGCGAUCCCUACAGUUUUCCAACGCUCGAUCACGAGUACAGGCUACAAUCUUACCACAGAAGAGAUCGAUGCCAGGGUACUCAGUAUCUCACACAUCAUUGCAAUCCUUCUUCUUAUCGCAUAUGCCGUCUUCCUCUUCUUCCAGAUGCAUACCCACCACGGUAUCUACGACGCUGUAUUCGAGCAUGACGAGGAACGAGAUGCCGAUGGCCACAAGGACCGAGCGAAAGCUAAGCUGACAUUUACGGAGUGUGUCUUGGCACUAGCCAUUUCAGUAGCCCUUGUGACGUUAAUUGCCAUUGCAUUGGUCGAUCAGAUUACGCCCAUUGUGGAACAGGGUCACGUUUCCGAUCCCUUCAUGGGCUUGAUUUUAGUUCCUCUGGUCGAAAAAGCUGCCGAACACUUAACGGCCAUCGACGAGGCCUGGGACAAUCAGAUCAACUUUGCCCUUACACAUUGUAUUGGCGCUACCAUCCAAACCGCCAUGCUGAAUGCUCCAUUGGUUAUUAUCGUCGGAUGGGGUUAUAACUUCCCGAUGGAUCUCAACUUUGAAAUUUUCGAUAUUGUCAUGUUGAUCCUCGCGAUUAUCACCGUUGGAAACUUCCUAAGGGACCAAAAGAGCGACUAUCUAGAGGGCUUCUUAUGUAUUAUCGUCUAUGUCGCUAUCGCCGUGGCUGCCUUUUACUUCCCGAACCCCCACGAGAUCGCGGGCCACGGAGCGAGCAGUGAAGGGGGAAGCGAAGCAGCCGGUGAGGCAGCUAGUGAGACCGCCGCUCACGUGGCAAGGUACCUAGGACUCUCAUAG